AUGAAAAGUCGGGAAACCGAAACAAACUCGGCGGGCCGCGAUGCGGUGCGAGUAUGCGUGCGAUCUGUAGGGAGGUGUGGGAGUGUGCAUGGUGUGAACUCAAACGGCGAUGGAGCGAGCACCGAUACUACGCAGCCUAGAUACCUGCACCUGCAUGUAAACCUGGAUUCGAACGGUGUGUCUAGUGGCACGACGUUGGCAACCAGCACCAAGCGCGUACCGAGCAACUCCGUACCGAGGGGUGGUGAGAACCGAAUGUACAAUAGGGCGCCCAGCGGUCCGCCCGCCGUUUGCUUUGUCACCCUUUCCCCAAGCCCCCAUUGCAACACACCAUCAAGCGGACUCAGAAGGGAUUACCCCGCUCCUUUUCAGGGCGCCCCCGAUUUUUCGGCGUCUCCGUGUGUACUUUCCCCUCAUCCAAGUUCCAUCUGA